AUGAUGUUCCAUAGCUCCGCUGUUGUCCUGGCGGCCCUCGCCGGGCCCGCCUCCGCUAGCUACGCCUUCUACGUCGGCAAGGACCUCACCGCCGAUGGCAGCGUCAUGGUCGGCGGCACCGGCGAAGAGGUCUCCUCUCACUGGCUGCAGCUGUUUCCAGCCCGCGACCACGCGCCGAACGCCACCAUCACCGUUGGCGUCACGGAGAAGGCCAGCAUCCCCGGCGAGCUCUUCACCAUCCCCCAGGUCGGCCACACCUACCGGUAUAUGUCGAUGGAGUACUCCGACUUUGAGGGCUUCCCGGCGCCGCUCACCAAUGGCGGCCUCAAUGAGAACGGAGUCACUGUCCGCGACGUCUGGGCACAGAACCGCGAAGAACUGGUUGAGAUGACGCUCACGCCUCAGCACGGCAUCCAGUACAGCGACCUCGCGCGCAUCGUCAUGGAGCGAGCGAAGACUGCGCGGGAAGGCGUGGAGAUCAUUGGUGACCUGAUGAGUCAGUACGGCGAGGCGACGUACGGCGGCAACACGCACCUGGUCGCUGAUAAGGAUGAAGGCUGGGUUGUAUGGGAGAUGGCGGGCGGCAAAAAACUGUGGGCGGCCGAACGCCUCAAAUCCGAUGAGGUCCGCGUGCUGUACCCCGGGUACAUCGAGGAUUUCCCCACAGACUUUGCCAACAGCUCAGACUACAUGGGCUCCGAAAACAUCGUCUCCUUCGCAGUCGAGCAGGGAUGGUGGGACCCCAACAGCGGCGAGCCCCUGAAGGAGGGGAUCGACGCCGACCUUCUGCGCAUCUGGAACGCCCCCGCCACCUCCGUUUCGUCGCCGUUUGUGCCGUGGUGGCUCGGCGUCAACGGCGUUCCUCCCGAGUUCGGCGAGCACCGGUACCUCACCACCGGUGCGUCCAGCAGCUUCCUGAACCCUGACUACCAGCUCCAAGAGGCGAGCGUCUUUGCCGGCCGCAUCUUCAAGCGUGUACUGUACUACAUGUGCUCCGCACCUGACACCUACCUGCCGAUUGUCACGCAGAUGCUCACGGGCUUCGAGAACCAGAGCCGCAGUGAUAUCGACUGGGUCGAGACGAGCGCCAAGCUCCUCAUCGAGAAUAACGAGCGUGAGGCCGCGCACUCUUUGCUCACGUACUACUCUCAUAGCAGGGCCUCGAAGGCGCUCGAGCUUGGAAAGACCAUUACUAAUGCGCUUGAUGGGCACAUUAAGCUGACGGGUCAGUGGCGCAAUCCUGUCGGUAGCGAGAUCAAUGAUGCUGGCGAGGGGGCAGAGACGGUCAACUGCCUGGUUGGCUAUGACCCUGAUCAGCCUAUUUGGAAGCAGCCUGCACACCCUACCAAGCGUAGAAGUCUGAGAAAGAAAUUGGUUGUUCAGCGCAAUUGGAGCUAG